AUGCUGCGCACAAGUCUUCGAGUGAGCCGCAGGACGAAGCUUGCUUUGGUGCGCCGGCGAAGCAGCACUUCGUAUGGGGCACUUGCUGCCUGUGCGCGCUCCGCGAGAUGGCAGCUGGCGAUCAGCCACUUGGAGGUGCUGUGCAAGCGCGGGCAGGCAGCCCGACCUGAGCACCAUGUACCCGUGGAGGCUUACAAUGCGGUGAUAUCUGCCUGCAAGCAACGCAAGCAGUGGGCGGUGGUUCUUCGACUCGUGGAGCUGAUGCAGCGCCGAGCGUGUGAGCCUGAUCAGUAUACCUACUCUUCUGCAAUCAGCUCUUGCGGAGGUGCGCAUUGGCAGCACGCCCUGGCGUUGGGUGAGCAGAUGGUAAAAGAGGCAGUUGAGCCCGGCGCGGUCGCGGCCACCGCGCUGAUCAGCGCCUGCGCCCGGGCGGCCGAGUGGCAGCUUGCCUUGAAUCUUUACGAGAAGAAGAGGUGGGAUGCAGCGGCCGUUGUGAACGCCACCAUGAAUGCCUGCGUCAGAGGAUCUUGCUGGCCAUUGUCCUUGCAGCUGCUGCAAAGGAUGGUGAAAGACGGGCUUCAGCCAGAUCUGGUUAGUUUUAACUCCGCCAUCCAUGCCUGUGAAAAGGGUGGGGCCUGGGUCUUGGCCUUGCAGCUCUUGGCACGGCUGGAGGAAGCCCUGCAGCCGGACGUCAUCAGCUUCAACGCUGCGAUGAGCGCCUGCUCCGAGGGCCAGCGUUGGGCCGGCGCGCUGCUUUUGCUCUCCGAGAUGGCGACGAAGCAGGUCAUCCCAGACUUGGUCAGCUUCAAUGCCGCGCUGAAGGCGUCGAAGGCUGCCCAGCUCUGGCCGUUGUCCUUCCAGCUCCUGGGGCAGAUGAUGGCCUGCAAGCUACGACCGAACCUCAUCUCCUUCAACACUGUGCUGGCCGCCUGCGAGCGCUGGGAGCACUCCGUCCAGGUGUUGCAGAGUUUGCGGAGGAGUCAGCUCCAGCCGGACAGGCACAGCUGGACAAGUCUGGUGGCUGCCUACGCACGCGACAGCAAGUGGAUGCAAGCACGAAGCGCUUUGCGUGACGCUCGCUGUCAGCGCUUGCAGCCAGACCUGGUGAGCUUUGGUGCUGCUGCCAGCGCCUGCCGCAGCCAGUGGCGAUUGGCGCUGGCGCUCUUCGCCGAGCUGCAAGAUGCCAGCCUGCAGCCGGAUGAGCGCUUCUGUGGCUCUGUGAUCACGGCAAGUGCUCUGGGCAUGCAGUGGAAGGUGGCAACGAGUCUGCUUCUGGAGAUGCCCAUCAGGCGCCUGGAGCCCAGCGCCGCCAGCGCGGCCCCGGUGCUCUCGGUGCUGCUGGACGCGAAGCAAUGGCAGAGGGCCUUGGAGCUCUUUGGGCAGCUGCCGGACCACGCCAAGGAUGUGCAGAGCUACAGCCAGCUUGUGAUGCUGUGCGAGCAGCGGGACCGUCCGGAGAGGCAAGAAAUGCUGGAGUCGCUGGCCGCCAGCAAGGGCGUGAGCCGCAGCCUCGCCGCCGUGUUGGGCUCGACCUUCUCCCGAAGCCGUGAAGAGGCUUUCGUGCCGCUGAGCGCGGCGUCGGCGUGGCGGCCGUACGUCAAGGAGAUCCGGCUUAUGCAGCAUGUGCUGCAGAAUGCCCAAGAAGGAGACCCGCAAUCCGUGUGUGAUGCGGUCGAAGGCUUCGGCUUGCACGCAAAAGGCAAGGCCUGGUUGAAGGUGGCAGCAGGGCAGAAGGCAGAGGUCUUGGUCGCCGCAGCGCGCGCCGCAGCGGCCGGCUCCAUGCUUGAAAUUGGGACCUACUGUGGUCAUUCUGCCAUCCGCUUGGCAGCGGCCAGACCAGACAUGAAGGUCGUGUCGCUGGAGAUGGAUCCCAUCCACGCCGUGCUUGCUCGGCGCCUCGUGGCCUUCGCUGGUCUGGCGGAGUCCAUCCAGGUUUGGACGGGCCACAGCCGCGACCUUUUGCCUUACUUGGCCGAGAAGUAUGCGGGCUUUGACUUCGUGUUCAUGGACCAGCGAGGCUCUCGCUAUGAGGAGGAUCUGGCGAGCCUGGAGCGGCUUGGGCUUCUGCAGCCCGGGGCAUUGGUCGUGGCUGACAAUGUGCUAAAGCCAGGAGCGCCGGUCUUCCUUUGGCGCGUUUGCAAGGCCCAGGACUACGAAACACAGGUGGUCAGAGUGGCUGAGUUUGCCAUGCCGGUCGAGGACUGGAUGUCGGUGAGCCGGCGCCGCGGGGGAAAUCGAAAUCCGCCCGGGCCGGCUCCGGCGGAUCUGCGGCGGCUGAGCGAGGCCGCGGAUGCAAUGAGGAGCCGUGCCGGGGGCUCAGCGGCUCAGCCUUCCGUAGGCCGAUUCGACUCGGGCGCUGAGAAAGUGACCGAGGUGCAGCGCGGGGCGAUUGCAUGGCAUGAGCUCUUGUGCCAUGUGAGAGAUGGACCAGCACCGCGCUUGGCGGCUCGCGCCGACUUGGGGCCGCAGCAAGGCUUGGGCCGCUUGCUUUCAAGGGCGGAGAGGCCCUGCAAGUUGCAAGUGCCGGAGAUGCAGAGAUGUCGGCUUGACUCCACGGCCAUGCGAGAGCUUCGCAGCGUCCGACUGGAACAGCUGCAUCUUUUAGACUUGGGCGCCAACCGGAACAGGCUGGACAACCAGCUCUCAGCCUCAGAGGCGCUGCUGAUGGCAGCGGCUGCCAGUCAGUCGGGCCUUGGAUGGGCGACAUCCACAAGGUCGAUGAGCCGAUCUGUGUCCGAGCAGUUUCUCCCAAGGAGACGCCAGGCUUGUGACCACAUGCUGCAGAGGUUGGCGCUCACGCAGCCGCAGGCCAAGAGCACGGAGAGAAGUCCAAGCCGCUGGAUCGCAGACAGCCGGGCUCGGAGUGAGGAGCAGCAGCAAGAACCGCAAGGACCGCAAGGACUGGCGCUGCGAACUGCAAAGAGCGCGGUUGGCCUUGAUGCACAGGAGAUGAAGAAGAGGGAUUCCAUCGAGGAGGGGUAG